AUGUUAUGGGGGUGUAGGGAGGACACCUUAUCAAACCCCAUAGAGGACACCUUAUCCAACCCCAUAGAGGACACCUUAUCCAACCCCAUAGAGGACACCUUAUCCAACCCCGUGGAGAACAGCUUAUCCAACCCUGUGGAGGACAGCUUAUCCAACCCUGUGGAGGACAGCUUAUCCAACCCUGUGGAGGACAGCUUAUCCAACCCUGUGGAGGACAGCUUAUCCAACCCUGUGGAGGACAGCUUAUCCAACCCUGUGGAGGACAGCUUAUCCAACCCUGUGGAGGACAGCUUAUCCAACCCUGUGGAGGACACCUUAUCCAACCCUGUGGAGGACAGCUUAUCCAACCCUGUGGAGGACAGCUUAUCCAACCCUGUGGAGGACACCUUAUCCAACCCCGUAGAAGACACCUUAUCCAACCCCGUAGAAGACACCUUAUCCAACCCCAUAGAGGACACCUUAUCCAACCCCAUAGAGUACACCUUAUCCAACCCCAUAGAGGACACCUUAUCCAACCCCAUAGAGUACACCUUAUCCAACCCCAUAGAGUACACCUUAUCCAACCCUAUGGAGGACAGCUUAUCCAACCCCAUAGAGGAAACCUUAUCCAACCCCGUAGAAGACACCUUAUCCAACCCCAUAGAGGACACCUUAUCCAACCCCAUAGAGGACACCUUAUCCAACCCCAUAGAGUACACCUUAUCCAACCCCAUAGAGGACACCUUAUCCAACCCCAUAGAGUACACCUUAUCCAACCCCAUAGAGUACACCUUAUCCAACCCUAUGGAGGACAGCUUAUCCAACCCCAUAGAGGAAACCUUAUCCAACCCCAUAGAGGACACCUUAUCCAACCCCAUAGAGUACACCUUAUCCAACCCCAUAGAGGAAACCUUAUCCAACCCCGUAGAAGACACCUUAUCCAACCCCAUAGAGGAAACCUUAUCCAACCCUAUGGAGGACACCUUAUCCAACCCCAUAGAGGAAACCUUAUCCAACCCCGUAGAAGACACCUUAUCCAACCCCAUAGAGGAAACCUUAUCCAACCCCGUAGAGGACAGCUUAUCCAACCCCGUGGAGGACACCUUAUCCAACCCCGUAGAAGACACCUUAUCCAACCCCAUAGAGUACACCUUAUCCAACCCUAUGGAGGACACCUUAUCCAACCCCAUAGAGGAAACCUUAUCCAACCCCGUAGAAGACACCUUAUCCAACCCCAUAGAGGAAACCUUAUCCAACCCCGUAGAGGACAGCUUAUCCAACCCCGUGGAGGACACCUUUAUCCAACCCCAGUACACCUUAUCCAACCCCGUAGAGGACACCUUAUCCAACCCUGUGGAGGACAGCUUAUCCAACCCUGUGGAGGACAGCUUAUCCAACCCCGUAGAGGACACCUUAUCCAACCCUGUGGAGGACAGCUUAUCCAACCCUGUGGAGGACAGCUUAUCCAACCCUGUGGAGGACAGCUUAUCCAACCCCGUGGAGGACAGCUUAUCCAACCCCAUAGAGGACACCUUACCAAACCCCAUAGAGGACAGCUUAUCCAACCCUAUGGAGGACACCUUAUCCAACCCCAUAGAGGACACCUUAUCCAACCCCAUAGAGGACACCUUAUCCAACCCCAUAGAGGACACCUUAUCCAACCCCAUAGAGGACACCUUAUCCAACCCCGUAGAGGACAGCUUAUCCAACCCCAUAGAGGAAACCUUAUCCAACCCCGUAGAAGACACCUUACCAAACCCCAUAGAGGACAGCUUAUCCAACCCCGUAGAGGACAGCUUAUCCAACCCUGUGGAGGACAGCUUAUCCAACCCUAUGGAGGACAGCUUAUCCAACCCUGUGGAGGACAGCUUAUCCAACCACAUAGAGGCUGUAUGUGGGAGGAACAGUCAGCUGGAGGCUGUAUGGGGGAAGAACAGUCAGCUGGAGGCUGUAUGA